GACUGUAAUAUUUAACGACAGCUGGUACCUGGGAGGCUGGUAGACCAGAGAUUUAGCACCAGAAUGGACAUUAUUACAUUUUAGCAGCAGCCGCCAAGUUUGACCACUAUCUGGGUCCUUGUUUAAAACGAAAGUUUACAUUUUUUUUUCUUUAAUUCUCUCUCUCUGGACAGUCCAUGGGAGGAUCGACUCCAAACUCCGGCUCCAGUUUCCCCAUCAGCAUGUUGAACCAGCCAGAGUCCAGCGAGAACUUCAGCAAAGAUCCCGAGAGGAAUACCAAACCCAUGCAAGAUUUCCCGGAGCUGAGAUAUGGGAUGCAGGACCGGUUCUACCUCGCGGCUGACCAGUGCCAGAGCAGCCCGGAGUCUGUCCCUCUCCCGUACCCGAGCCAGCACAUCUCGGCGGCUGGCAUCUCCGUGGGCAAUGCCAGCAGAUACCUGAGCCCAACAUUACCCAACUGCCCUUACCCUGCCACCAGACCGCAGGUCCCCGGAGCGCCGAGCUACUCAGCCCCCGGACCCGAGGUCUAUUCAGCGGGAACCGACUCCUUCUCGGCCCCGUACCCUCACUCCUUUCAGCGGACAUCCAUCUACAGCGUCCCGGGCUUGCAAGCAGCCGGUAAAGUGCAGAUUCUCCUCUGCAAUUACCAGCUUUGGGCUAAAUUUCAUAAACACCAGACCGAGAUGAUCAUCACCAAGCAGGGCAGGCGGAUGUUUCCUUUCCUGAGUUUUAACAUCACGGGGCUGGAUCCUUCUGCUCAUUAUAAUAUUUAUGUGGACGUUGUUCUGGCAGAUCAGCAUCACUGGAGGUACCAGGGAGGAAAGUGGGUGCAGUGUGGCAAAGCAGAAGGCAACAUGCAAGGCAAUCGGACGUACAUCCACCCAGACUCGCCGAACACAGGAGCACACUGGAUGCGCCAAGAAAUCUCCUUUGGGAAACUCAAGUUGACCAACAAUAAAGGAGCAUCUAACAAUGUAACUCAGAUGAUUGUGUUGCAAUCCCUACACAAGUAUCAGCCACGGCUGCACAUUGUGGAAGUGAAGGAGGAUGGCACUGAAGACCCAUACCUCACAACGAAAAUGCAAGCCUUCACAUUCCCUGAAACACAGUUCAUUGCAGUCACUGCCUACCAGAAUGCAGACAUCACACAACUUAAAAUAGACCACAAUCCUUUUGCUAAAGGCUUCCGAGACAAUUUUGACUCAAUGUAUGGUAAUUCCGAAGGAGACCGACUAACUCCCUCUCCACCGGACCAGCCCAACUGCCAGCAGCUGGUUCCAGGGACACGCUACCAGCCGUUCCUACAUGACCAGUACAUGAAUGCCUUGCCACAGGGUCGGUACUACAAUGGCGAUCGGACUGUGUCUCACACAUCGAAACAUAGAGAAGACAUCACAAACCCUCACCGAUGGUUUAUGUCACCAGUACAACAGCCCACUGCCAACAGACUGGAUUUCAGCUCCUAUGAUCCAGAAUACACUGGGAAUGCCUUUAUGACUUACAGUAUGAAAGGUUUUCCUCCUCUUCAAGCAACCCCCCAUCCUCUGGGCUACUACCAGGACCAUCCGUUUAGCUCAGGAAAUGCAUGGGGCGCAAGGGGACCCUCGCAAUUUCACCACAACAAGCCUGGCUCUACGUUGACCUGGUACAGACCAGUGACCGAUGCCCGACCAACGCUGGUUAACAUCGAGGACAAAAGCAAAGAAACAGAGGACUCAUCUUGGCUGGAGCCUCAUUCCGUAAAGUCGGCGGAUUCUUCAGAUUCAGGAUUGUACGAGGCCGAUUGCAAACGGAGGAAAGUGUCUCCUUAUACCUCGAGCACUGAGAACUCUCCCCCCAAUCAGAACGGUGAAAAGUAUGAGAAGGAAAACGGAAGUGAUACAGGAUACUAUAGCUUUUAUGCCAACUGAGUCACUCCUGGGGCAAUGUUGGACAAACCCAGCUUGCACAACAUGCCAAAUGAUACAAACCGACUCUACAUCGAGCCCCAGGACUGGUCAUCACCCCACAGAGGGAAGGGAUGGCAGCCCUUUUACUGAUCUUGCUGUUCGAGAAAGUUCCCUUAACAGUGUUGGCCUUCAGAGGGAUAGCGAAAAUGUUCUAGCCCUGCUGGAGGGUGGGAAUUCAAUUUUUAUCAAAUUUGUCUUUUUUACACAGAAGGUAUCUGCAAUAUUUUGAGGUGUAUGAAGUGUUUGUACUGAGGGGCAAGUAUGUUAGUUAAUAUGUGACAUAAGUGGGGUUAUCUGAAAAUAAAAACACUUCAUUCAAGCACAAUUAUCAAUGACCGAUGAACUUUUCACAUUCCGGUUGUCUUGCGAUGUUCUAUCUGCUGCAGGAUCCCACCCCUGUUUCUUAGGAUUGUAAUAUACAGAGGGAGAAAAUUAUAAUUUGAAACUGGGGACAUUUGAAUUCCUUUUGAACCAAUUAAGUGGCUGUCAAGAGGCAGCCCAAAUAUGAUUGUUUCUCUUUUUUUUUAACAUGUUUCAAGAUAUGCAGAUGUGAUUUUAUAAGAUAAAAUUAAAUAAAAUUUUCAUUGCACUGUUAGUCAAAGUUCAACUCAUGUUAUUGAGGAAAACUGGCUCUCCUAGCAUAGCAACACACCAUAAUGUUGUUGUAAGUUGCCCAGGGCCAUAACUAAGCUUUUAAUUAUUUUUUUAAUGAAAUGUGUUGAUAAGUUAACUGUGCAGAAAAUAAAUAGCUGUGUUCAAGAUCUUCUGCAAUACUGGCUUUUAAAUGUACUUUAAAACAAAUCUGUUAACACUCAUCUUUUGCUUUACCUUGAUGUUUACUCUUAUCCUGCUGGUUUCUUUCUCUGAUCUCUCAUUCCCUUAAUCACCAUCUCCCCUUGCGCUAUCCUUGCAGGGGUAUGGUCCCAUGGCUUCAGUGUCUCAGCUAAAUCUCCAUUCUUUCCAAGUAAAUCUGGUUAUUAAUAAUUGUAGUGGGCAGCAUUGCCAAUGUGUCUUAUCUUCACCUAAUGCUCAUUUUGGCAAAACAUCUUGAGUGAGAAUCGAGGAUAUCUUUCACCCUCCAAACCUACAGGAGAUCAAUGCUGCAGCCCUGACCUGCAGCCUAAACUGAGAUUAGUUAACUCAAAUUUAAUUCCAGCAGUAUAAUUAGCAACUGAGCCAUUGGGAAGGGACAAGCUAUUCUGUAUUAGCACAAUGCCCAUAUGUAAAUAUAUAUAUUAUGUAAUUAUUUGAGACCAAUUGUAAAUUAACUCAUUUAUAUAAUCCUGAGAGAUCACCCAAAUGCCAACAUUGAAACUGAAUGCAAAAGUGACUUAAAAAUCAAACUGUACAACAAAUAAAUUGUGUAUAUAUUAAAAGAAAACAUUUCUGCUAUUGUGUCAAUGUUAAGUGUAGAAUUACUUCUUAACUAUGAAGUUUUAUUCUUGAAGACUUAAUUUAUUCAAAAACCAUUGGUGUACAUUACUGGUUUU